CACAAAAAAAAAACAAAUAUCUUUUUCUCUCUAUUCUCAAACAUGCGAAGGGACACCAAUCCUCUUGUUGUUGGGAGAGUUGUGGGCGAUGUGUUGGACCCUUUUGUUAGGUCCAUCGAUCUUCGUGUUACUUAUAACGCGAGGGAAGUCACAAAUGGGUGUGAGUUUAGACCCUCCCAAAUUAUCAACCAGCCUAGGGUUGACAUUGGUGGUCAAGAUCUUUGGACUUUUUUCACUCUCGUUAUGGUGGAUCCUGAUGCUCCUAGCCCAAGCAACCCAACCCUUAGGGAGUACUUGCAUUGGUUGGUCACUGAUAUCCCAGCUACCACAGGAGUGAGUUUCGGACAAGAGAUGGUUUGUUAUGAGAGUCCACACCCGACAAUGGGAAUCCAUCGUUUCGCAUUCAUACUUUUCCAGCAGCUCGGAAGGCACACAGUUUACGCUCCUGGAUGGCGCCAAAACUUCAACACUCGAGAUUUUGCUGAGCUCUACAAUCUCGGUCUCCCUGUAGCCGCAGUUUACUUCAACUGCCAGAGGGAAAGUGGAUCUGGUGGCCGAAGGGUGUGACCAAUUAAGGAUAUGUGUGUCGAAGACCAAUUAAAAGAUCAUAUAAUAAAUUAGCAGAUAACUUAAUUAUGCCGUCAAAAUAAAUUAGAGUAUGCUGAUAUA